UGUGAGCUGAGCUGGGAAAAAAUUAUUUCGGUGAAAAAGAUGUCAUGCACAACGCAACACAACGUAAUGUAUAUCGAAAUCAAAAGAAGGGGAAGAAUCUCUGUAUAUAUCAAUUGCUAAAGAUUAAAUUAUAUUUCUUUACUGUAUGUAAAAUCACAUGAAAAAACAUUGAAAAUGCAGUGUUUAGUGCCCUACUGCAAGACCGCGGAACUGUGCGGUUCUGAGAGAAUAACGUUUCAUGAGCUUCCCAGUCAAAUGCAUCUCCGUGCUGCUUGGCUCAGAUCUCUCUGCAUAGAAGCCGCUGACCUGCUAGACUCUGCUGUGGUCUGCUCACAGCAUUUUCUAAGCGAUGACAUGUGUAAAACAGAAAGUGGCUCAAGGCAGAUACGCAUUGGUGCCAUUCCAUCAACAGUACAGGUCUGCAUGAUGUGUCUGGACAUUCACAGCAAGAUGAUUUUAAUAAGGAAAUACAAACUGGAAGAAGCGUAUGAAAACUUAGUGGGACAUCCAUUGUGCGAUCAAAGAAGCUAUAAACAAACACUUUGCGUACAUUGCGCUCAAAGAUUGCUAAACUUCAGUAGAUUAAGAGACAACAGUUUAAGAGCUCGCGCACUGAUGAUGGAGUUAGUUGAAAAACAUGGACUUAUAACAAUACAACAUACGGAGUUGAUGGACAAAUUGAAAAAUCAACUAAAACCUAACAUUGUACAGAGUGUACUAAAACCUAAUCACUGUGAUUUACAUAUAAAACAUUUUGAUGUAGACAAAAAGACUAAACUACGUAGAUCUGAAGAACACGUCAUUGUUAAAGCGGUUGCAGUGAAAAAUGAAAAAGAUGACACUCGACUUGAAACAGAAGUUAAAUAUGACACGAGUAAUGCAGAUAGUUUAGAUGUCAAAUUAAUCGUAGCUAAGGAAGAAUGUUUGUCAGAUGAUAGUGUAAUGUCUGAACCAAAGUCAAUAACUGAUCUGAUGGUAAAACCUUUAAGCUCUGAAGUGUUUGGAACACCGGUUAAGUGUGAAAUAAGCAUUGAGUGUACAAUCUGUUUAAAGGAAUUUGCGGAUGAAGAUAUAUUAAACGACCAUAUGGCAUUGCACAUGGAGGACAAUCAGAUACUGGAUGAGAAUUUUUCUGCAUAUGAUACUUCAGCGAAUUUACCCAGUUUAGUGGCGUUGUUACAAGAUCAACCAGAUUCACGAGAAGAACAAGAAAUUGGCGAGCAAAACACGUUAUGUCCAACACCUUGCUCUGAUUCAAUGCCUACUUCAUCUAAAAACCAAGCUUCUGAAUACACACAGCCAUCAGUACCGUCGGACGAUAAAAACGCAUUAGGACUCAGUUUCACAAAUAGUGUCAAAGGCGGAGCCAUUUUACACCGUUCUGGAUAUAGGUUUCGUAUCAGCAAGACAAACAAAAAUCAAACUUCCCUGUGGGUGUGCACCGCGAAACCCUGCACGGCGUCACUAACUUUGAACUGCAGUAAGACGAAUGUCGCUAGGGAAACUGCCCAUACUUGCACACCGGAUUACAAGGAACUAUAUGUCGCCAAAGCGAUAGACGAAUGUAGGACUAGAGUCAAAGCUGGUAUGGAACCUAUUCCAUCUGUAUACCAAGAAUCUAUUGCCCAUUUAAUGACCCUAGAUUGUGCCGACCAGAUCCCAGAUUUCAACAGUGUCAAAAGUUCCCUUUACAGGUCACGCAACAAAUCUCUGGGUGUUGACAGAACGUCUUUUAAUACGCUUUCUGAUGUAGUCAUAUCAGAAUCCUAUGGCGAUAAUUUUUUGUUUGUUGACGAUGGCACCGAUGAGAAAAUCUUGUGCUUUGCAUCGGCGAAGUGCAAAAAUGCAUUUAAAAAUGUCAGCCGUUUGUUGUUAGAUGGAACGUUUAAAGUGAAGCCAAAACUUUUUCAACAUAUCUACACAAUAUACGGCGAUCUAGCUAACGACACUUUUGUUCCACUACUGUUUUGCCUUCUGCCGAACAAAAAACAAAUAACGUAUACGAGACUUUUUACGUUGCUCAAGGAUAAAAUCCCAGACUUCAGGCCCACCGAAAUAAAAAUUGAUUAUGAAGUUUCGGCUUUAAAUUCAAUACAUGAAGUGUUUCCCGAAGUUGUGGUCAGUGGAUGCUUCUUCCAUUACAGUCAAGCUUUAUGUAAGAAUGCGAAGAAACUUGGGGUUACGGAGGCAGAGGGCGGCAAAAAAUUUGUGGGACUGUGCGUCGCGUUGGCCCACCUUCCACAAGAUAACAUAAUUGAUGGGUGGCUUUAUCUAUCGCAAAAUUCACCGAACGGAGCGCAGAUCAGUGCAUUCAAGGAAUACAUGUUCAAGGAAUGGAUUGAUAAAAAUUCUCAUCUUAUGUGUUGUCAUGAUGAUACAUACACGAUAACCAAUCACGUGGAAGGUUGGCACAGCCGACUCUACAAGAAAAUAAAAAAAAAAACCACUCUAUACCAAAUUAUCGAUAUUUUUAAAACUGAAGCCCGCAAGAGUGACCUUGAAAUAGACGACAAAAUAAACAAUCAAAUUCUUGAAAUACCAAACAAGCGACCGCGGACUAAAAACAAAGAUGUCGCGCUUAGGAAUAUUGUUAAUGAUUUCACGAUGAAAAAAAUAGCAAUCGAUGAAACUCUACACCGUCUAUCGAAUAUAAAACUGGUGACUCAUAAAGGCAUCCCCUGACAACGUAUUUAUUAAAAAUUGGCGAAAAGUGCACCAGAUUCCAAACACGA